AUGGGAAAGGGACAGUCAAAGCUAUCGCCAGAACAGCUGUCGGAUCUGCAGAAGAACACGUAUUUCGACCGAAAGGAGCUACAGCAAUGGUACAAAGGCUUCUUGAAGGAUUGCCCGUCGGGUGUGCUGGACAAGGCAGAGUUCUGCCGGAUCUACAAGCAGUUCUUCCCUUUUGGUGACUCAGAGCAGUUCGCGCAAUACGUGUUCAAUGUGUUCGACGAGAACAAGAACGGGACAAUCGACUUUAAAGAGUUCAUAUGCGCACUCAGCGUCACUAGCCGAGGGCGUCUGGACGAGAAGCUGCGCUGGGCGUUUCAGCUGUACGAUAUCGACGGAGAUGGAAAUAUCACGUACGAUGAGAUGCUCACGAUUGUACGGAGUAUCUAUAAGAUGACAGGGCAGAUGGUUAAGCUUCCUGCCGACGAAGACACGCCCGAGAAGCGUGUCGACAAGAUUUUCCGCAUGAUGGACCGAGAUAAGAACGCGCAACUGUCCUUUGAAGAAUUCCAAGAAGGCUCAAAGCAAGACCCAACGAUCGUCCAAGCGCUCAGCCUGUACGACGGACUUGUGUAG